GUCCCUCUCCGUUUGUUUGCAUCUCCACUCUCUCUCUCUCUCUCUCUCUCUCUCUCCGAAGACGCCCGCGAGAAGACUCUGUAGAGAGAGAAAGAGAGGUCCUCGGAGCUCAGGCUUAUCCAGAUCAGGCGGCUCUUCUCUCGCUCGAAUCAGAACCCUCCAACUUCGGAUCUGGUCUGAGCUCUCUGGUUGCUAGAAAGUUUCAAUAUCAACAGGCAAGUUUCAUGUCUGAGCUCGACGUCCAGAUUCCUACUACCUUUGAUCCUUUUGCUGAUGCUAAUGCUGAGGACUCUGGUGCUGGUUCAAAGGAGUAUGUGCAUAUUCGUAUACAGCAACGGAAUGGUAGGAAAAGUCUGACGACUGUGCAGGGAUUAAAGAAAGAAUUUAGCUACAACAAGAUACUUAAGGACCUCAAGAAAGAAUUCUGCUGCAAUGGGACUGUUGUGCAGGAUCCAGAAUUAGGGCAGGUCAUUCAACUUCAAGGUGAUCAGCGUAAGAAUGUUUCUACCUUCCUUGUCCAGGCUGGAAUUGUGAAGAAGGAGCAUAUCAAGAUUCAUGGUUUUUGAUUGCCAUAUCUUUGCAUAGCGCGUGGCCUGUGUUAGGGUGUCGUAUCUAGUUUUUGAAUCGUGCUACUAUGUUAUUUUGAGGGCACUUCUGUUCUGCUCCUGGUUUUUGUCAAUUAUCUGAAUUGUGAUGUGUGUUGUCUAUGGAACAUAUGACGUGCAGUUUCUGUCUACGUGCUCGUAAUAACAGUUUGGGUGUUAAGGUA